GAGCGAUCUACAAAACGCAAGCAAAGCAGCUGCCAACUUUCGAUGCAGCUCUUGAACAUCUGAAAGACGACCAAGUCCAGCAGCUGUCUGACAUGCACGUGCAAAUUAUGCAAGAGAACCAACGGCAAGCCGAGGGCCCGUGCCAGGAACUGGCGUAUAUAGCCGAUUUCACCAUGGAAGAGAAAGAGGAGUUUGAGGAAGUUUGCAAGGUUUGUUUCUGCAAGCCUGCGCGUGGGAAUGGAAAAUCAGGAGUGGCGCAGAACACGCCUCUUGCUUCUGCGACUGUUUCGGCGGAGCCACGAUCAAGCGACGUGGGCAAAGGUAGCGACAAUGGCCCGAUUGCAUAG